UACAGUUAGAAAGAGUCAGACUUGAUGUUCGGAUGGAAUAAUGUUUUCUUGACAUUUUAUCUCCGCCGACCAAACAUCGACUUUAUUCUCUCCCAACAUUUUUUUUGUGUGUUUUUUGGGGGGGGUCCACGUGCGUGUCAAAUGUUUCCCGCCGGCCGUCUUCCGUUCAGGAAUAUCGACUGCAGUCGCUGCUAAUAACCUUCAUUAUUUUUCAUCACUUUGACUCCCGAAAUUGAAGAAAAUCCCCCCCACUUUAGUCUGUCAUGUUAACACUCUUGCCGACGUGGAGCCGCUGGAUUGUCUUCCCGCUCGCCUUCUUUCUCCUGCGAACGGACUGUCAUCCUGCGUUGACAGGAAGCCAAACUGAGUCCCAUGCACCUCCUGUCCAAGACCUCCACACUGCCAGGACCGGCGAGACGCGACCACGGAGAGCUGCUACCGAGGAGACCUACUGGGCCUAUUCAGGUACGUACGGACCGGAGGAGGGCUGGGCGUCGGCCUUCCCAGAAUGUAAGGAAAGAAAGCAAUCGCCAAUCAAUAUCGUGGACCAGGACACCAAAGUAUCCACUGAGUUCCAGGAACUAACACUAGAGGGCUUCGAUAAGGAAUCUUCCAAUAAGACGACGAUGAAGAACACUGGAAAAACAGUGGCCAUUGUUCUCAAGGAUGAUUAUUUUGUGAGGGGAGCAGGUCUACCGGGAAGAUUUAAGGCAGAGAAAGUGGAGUUUCAUUGGGGGCCAAGCAACGGAUCAGAGGGCUCCGAGCACAGCAUCAAUGGCCGACGUUAUCCUGUGGAGAUGCAAAUCUACAUGUACAAUUCCGACGACUUCGACAGCCUCAGUGCGUCACUCAAGGAGAAGAGAAUCAUAGCAGUCAUGGCGGUUUUCUUCCAGGUUGGAGGAAAAGAUAAUCCCGCUGCUGAUCCUAUAAUCCAUGGCUUGAAGGGUGUGGUCCAUCACGAAAAAGAAACGUCUUUGGAGCCUUUUGUCCUGAAGGAUCUGCUGCCGUCCUCGUUGGGAAGCUACUAUCGCUACACGGGCUCUCUGACCACACCGCCCUGCAGUAAAAUAGUUGAGUGGCUCAUCUUCAGCAGACCGAUCUACGUCUCGUACAAACAGUUAGAAGCUUUCUACUCCAUCUUCACCACCGAGCAACAGGACCACGUUAAGUCGGUGGAAUAUCUGCGCAGCAACUUCAGACCCAUUCAGAGGCUGGACAACCGCCAAGUGUUCAAGUCGGCGAUGAAAGACGUCUGGCAGCACGACCCGUCUAAUGACGCCAGUGGGCCUUCUGGCACGGAGGCUUCCAGGGUGUGCAGCAGCGCUCCGUUCAACAUGAAAGUGCGACACGUGAACGGAAGCGCCCUGGUGGUUCGCUGGGCGCGUCCGGAGGCCAUCUACCACCCGCCCAUCCUCCACUUUCUGGUGUCCUACAGCUGGACGGCGCACGAUGACAGCUAUGAGGAGACACACCUCACCGAUGCAAAUCAUAAAUUGGAGGCUGUCAUUUCUCCCGUUUCAACCGACGUGUUGUACCUCUUUCGGGUUCAGGCUGUCUGCACCAAUGACAUGCGCAGUGAUUUCAGUCAGAGCAUGCUCUUCAGAGCAAACACCACAAGGAUCUUUGAAGGGACACGGAUCGUAAAAACUGGAAUGCCUACAGUAUCGCCAGCGUCUUCAGCUGACAUGGCUCCUAUCUCCUCUGGCUCAUCCACCUGGACCUCCUCUGGUAUUCCAUUUUCCUUUGUCUCCAUGGCGACAGGCAUUGGACCAUCCUCCAGCGGUAGUCAAGCAACAGUGGCCUCCGUGGUGACCAGUACUCUGCUCGCCGGCCUCGGCUUCAGCGGCGGGGUCAUCUCCUCUUUCCCCAGCUCGGUCUGGCCGAGCAGAGCGCCAAAAGACAAGGGAGAGGCGCCGGGCGACGACGGUGGCAAUAAUACGGGUCAAGGAGACGACGAAGAAAUGGAAGGGGAGGACGGAGAGGAGGAAGAACAGAGCAAAAACAAGAAGAAGCAACAUAAAUCGUCAGUGAAGGAAGAGAGGGGUAUGCUGGGGUGGGGGAAGCAGACCCAACAAAGCAACAGAGAGAGCAAGGCUGGGAAUGAACCCAAUGAUGACGCAAAAGAAGAUUCGAUAGAAAGGCCCCAGGCUGGAGAGGACCUGCGGGAGGUCUACUACCUAGUUGACUGUAACCACACCACCAUGGAGAAAGAUCUGGCACCCGAGGGCUCAUCCCCAGUGGCACUUAGCUGGGAAUGCUCACCUUUCUCCAUGUUCACCGACAAUUCUACCACCAUGAUCAAACGGCGUCACCAGGUGAGAGCUGGGUCCCGACCGAACCGCGAGGACUGGAUGGUAGCGUUUAUGGUGGUCUCGGCUCUAUCCUUCCUCUCUCUUGCUGUGCUGCUGGCUCUACUUACCUACUGGAAACGCUGUUUGCAGUCCGCACAUCUUCAUGUAGAGGACAGUAGUUCACGCCGGGUGGUGGCAAACGACACGAUAUCCGCCGCUUCCAUCCCAGGUGAUGCGGGAGCUAUUCCAGUGCAGCACUUCAGCAAACAUGUCUCCGAGCUCUCCUUGAAUAACUCGCAUGGAUACUCACAAGAAUUUGAGGAGGUUCAGUACUGCACUGCAGAUAUGAAGACCAUGUCGGAGCACUCCAGCACUCCAGACAAUAGGCACAAGAACAGAUACAUCAACAUAAUGGCCUAUGACCACAGCAGGGUAAAGUUAAGAAUGCUGGUCGGCAAGGAUUCCAAACACACCGACUACAUCAAUGCCAACUACGUGGAUGGCUACAAUAAGCCUAAGGCUUAUAUUGCAGCUCAGGGCCCACUCAAGUCGACUUUUGAUGAUUUCUGGCGAAUGGUGUGGGAGCAGAACGCCGGCCUUAUUAUCAUGAUCACUAACUUGGUGGAGAAAGGACGGAGAAAAUGCGACCAGUACUGGCCCACGGAGAACAGUGAAAAAUACGGCAACUUGGUAGUCACGUUGAAAAGCACCAACGUUCACGCAUGCUACACUGUGCGGCACUUUGUACUGCACAACACAAAAGUGAAAAAGGGUGCAAAGGGGAACACAAAGGCAGGACGGACCCAAAAUGAGCGUACAGUGCUGCAGUACCAUUACACGCAGUGGCCCGACAUGGGUGUUCCUGAGUACACCUUGCCCCUGCUAACAUUUGUCCACAGGUCCUCGGCUGCUCAGACAAUCGACAUGGGCCCCAUGGUGGUACAUUGCAGUGCGGGAGUGGGUCGGACAGGUACCUAUAUAGUCAUUGACAGCAUGCUGAAGCAAAUCGAAGACAAGAGCUUGGUUAACGUCCUGGGCUUUCUCAAACACAUACGCACCCAGCGCAACUACCUUGUCCAGACGGAGGAGCAGUACAUAUUCGUCCAUGACGUCCUGAUGGAGUCCAUUUUGGGCCGGGAGACCGAAGUAGCAGCCAAACACCUUCACCACUUCACAAACACCGGCAUGACCCAAGGACACGGUGCCCGGACACGUGUUGAAACACAGUUCCAGUUGGUUACAGAGUGCAAUACCAGAUAUGCAGAUUGCUGCAGUGCCCAAAAGGAGUGCAACAAAGAGAAAAAUCGAAUUUCCUCCGUGGUGCCAUCGGAGCAAGCAAGGGUAACCUUAGCACCCUUGCCUGGCAUCCAGGGAAGUGAUUACAUCAACGCUUCGUACAUAAUGAGUUACCACAAUAGUAAUGAGUUCAUCAUUACCCAACAUCCUCUGCCUCACACCACUAAAGACUUCUGGAGAAUGAUCUGGGACCACAAUUCACAAAUAAUUGUGAUGCUGCCUGCCAACCAUGGACUGGUGGAGGAUGAGUUUGUUUACUGGCCCGGCUGGGAGGAGACCAUGAACUGUGAAGAUUUUACAGUCACCCUCUUAAACCAGGACACACUCUGCUUGUCCAGCGAGGAACAGAUAUGCAUCCAUGACUUCAUACUGGAAGCUACACAGGAUGACUACGUUUUAGAGGUACGGCAUUUCCAGUGCCCCAGGUGGCCCAAUCCUGACAUGCCCGUCAGCAGCACCUUUGAGCUCAUCGACGUCAUCAGGAAAGAAGCGGCCAUCCGCGAUGGACCAACCGUUGUCCACGAUGAGUUCGGAGCGGUAUCCGCCGGGUUGCUGUGUGCCCUCGCUACACUGUCACAGCAACUUGAAAGUGAGGGAGUUGUCAAUGUCUAUCAAGUAGUCAAGAUGAUCAACCUCAUGAGGCGAGGAGUAUUCACAGACAUGGACCAGUAUCAGUUCCUGUACCAAGCCCUCUUCAGCCUCGCUUGCACCAAGGAGAUCACCUUUGGGCCUCUCGACAGGAAAGUUAACAGGACCUUGGCACCCUCGUCUGAUUGGUCUGACAAGGCAGAGAGCAAGGGGUCACAAGUGUAAGCGGUACCCCAGGAGGCCCGAGCUGGACUGAGGGCACCCUGUGGAUCCAAAGAUCUUGCACCCACUCGACUCCUGGAGUGCUCCAAGGAGGCCUUUAAAUAACUAUUGUGGAUAAGACAAUACGAGGCCUUUUUCUCAGACACUUGGUCAAACUGAAUAAGCGGAUUACUUUUUUAAACUGAUAAAGAGUUUGAUAUUUAUUUUUUUCACUGUCCUCGUGUUCGCCGACUGAAGGGUUUGCACCUGUGUUUUUUGAGUUUUGCACAAGGUACGCUAUUGUCUUGUGUUUUUUUCACUAUAUAAUGUCAAUGUUACUGCCUAUGCUAAACCCGAAUCGAGGCUCCUCAAGUAGAUUGUUUUAACAUUCCACAAGCUUGUUCCCUGCGAAGCCACCUGCUCCUCUGAAGGACAUUGCCUAUCAGUGGAUUGAGGCGGUCAGACUGUUCCCCACCUCAAUGACUAAAUGCUGUUUGACUACCGCAGGGAUAAGCAAACUGUGGCUCUUGAGCCCUCUUCGUUGUGUAUUUCUAGAGUGGUGGUAAUGUGCAUUUUUACAAAUUUCGACUCUCUGUAAAGUCAAGCUUGAGUUUGACUGCGAUUGGAUAAGCGCUAGGAAGGCAGGGUGUGUGUACUGUGAGACGUUUGUAAAAGAGAGAAGUCAAGUUUCUUGAGUGUGUGACCCCCGCAGUAAGCUUACCAUGAAUACAUCCCGAAAAGGAAACAUUUCAGAAGAAAAUAGAGUUAAAUUCUGCAUGGACGGGUUAUUUUCUCUUCAUCAAUCAAUCAAUCAAAGUUCAUUUUUAUAGCCCUAAAUCGCUAUUGUGUCAAAGGGCUGCACAAGCCACAACGACAUCCUUGGCUCAGAUCCCACAUUGGGGGCAAGAAAAAACUCAACCCAAUGAGAUACAAUGAGAAACCUUGGUGGGAACACCCACCCCCUGGGCGAACGGUGCAAUGGACGUCCAGUGGAUCUAGUUAAUAGUAUGAGAGUCCAGUCUGUAGUGGGGCCAGCCGGGUAUCAUCUUGAAUGGAGACAGGUCAGCAGCGCAGAGACGUCCCCAACUGAUGCACAUGUGAGUGGUCCAUCCCGGUUCCCGACUUUGAACAGCUAGCGCGUCACCUGUGGUCACCUAAUAACCUCUCCACACAAGAGAGGGGGGCAGAGCGGAAAAGAGACGGCAGAUCAACUGGUCUAUUUAAAGGCUGGCGUAUACAAAUGAGUUUUAAGAUGUGAUUCAUUGUCAUUGACGCUGCUUUGCCUCUGUGCUUGAUAUGUGGUGAGAAACAACAGUGAGUAUUCGCAGUUACCCAGGUUCAUACAUUACUGCAUUGCGUUGAAUCGAUCAUAACUUGACUUUUCAAGUUGUCUUUGACGACCUUUUGCGUCUCAUUCAAGCAGACGUCAUCGGUUGAUACCGAAAGACGAUAGGACAGUACUCUCCUCAGACAUCUUUGAAGGUAUCCCAAACAGUCCAUUUGUGAUCGAUUCAGUGCCCUCAGAAAAAAAAAAUCUUAAAAAGAAGUCCUGAAAAGCUGAAAUUAGUUCCAAAGUAGGCCUACAGCAGGCUCCACCCGGUACCAUAAACCUACUGAUUGACAGUAAGUCAUGAGAAAAGGUCCACACAAAAAAAAUUGCUUUACACUAACAAUUAUUUUUUUUCUAAGUUCCUUAACGAGCUGCAUUACAAAAAAAUGCUGCUUUUGCACUCAAAGAACCACUCUGCCCUGCCAUUGGCCGACACUUCCUCCUCACUGUCCCAUUCUCCAGCGAGGCCUCGCCAUCCAAGGAGAGUUACCCACACUGCCCUGAUUCCGGCUGUUGAAGGCCAGCCAGCACCACCGGCAGUCAUUUAUCCCUUUGCAGGAGUGGCGAUCACACACAUUUUAUUAAUUGUAUUUAUUUAUGUAUUUAUUUGACCGGGAACAGUACAAUGAAACACUGCUACCCACAGGUAACCAAUGUCAAUGUACUUAAGACUUCAUGCCACAGGCUAAUUUGUAAUCCUUGUCCGUGGUUAGGCUUUUAAAGAAUAGUUGGGAAAAGUGUAAAACACGUACAAAAGGAUUAAGACAAGUACAAAAAUAAAAACUAAUUGAAAAUAAUUGGCCCUAUUUGUGAAUACUACACCCAGUUCUAGUGCUCACACCUCUGAUUUUCCUAAGCCACUUUUUCAGUUUUGUAGAGAAACGUUCAAUGUCCGACUGCGACUUUAAAUCCAGUGGCAAAGACUUCCACAGAUGUGAGGCCUUCACUGAUAACGCAGACUGACCCCGAGUGGUCCGGCACUUUUUCACUCUGCAACUCCCACCGACCGCAGCUCGAGCCUGAACACCUUCACUACUGUAUCUUUGUAUUUCUACACACAUCAUAACAGGAGCUAAUCCAAUAAGACACUUAAAGAUAGCUUUUAAAAAUGAGAAACCCAGACUUCCCUGCCCCGAGAUCCCGAGUCAUUCCCAGACCAGCCGGGAGACAGUCUUCCCAACGUGUGCUGGGUCUUCCCCGUGGCCUCCUACCGUUUGGACGUGGCCUAAACACCUCCCUCGGGAGGCGUUCUGAUGGCAUCCUGACCAGAUGCCUGAACCACCUCAUGUGGCUCCUCUCCAUGUGGAGGCUUUACUUUGAGCUCCUCCCGGAUGACAGAGCUUCUUACCCUAUCUCUAAGAGGGAGCCCCGCCACCCGGUGGAGGAAACUCAUUACGGUCGCUUGUACCCCUUGAUCUUGUCCUUUCGGUCAUAACCCAAAGCUCAUGACCAUAGGUGAGGAAGGGAACGUAGAUCGACCGGUAUAUUGAGAGCUUUGCCUUCCGGCUCAGCUCCUUCUUCACCACAACGGAUCGAUACAGCGUUCGGCAUUACUGAAGACGGCGCACCGAUCCGCCUGUCGAUCUGACGAUUCGUUCUUCCCUCACUCGUGAACAAGACUUCGAGGUACUUGAACUCUUCCACUUGGGGAAAGAUCUCUUCCCCAACCCGGAUAUGGCACUCCACUAUUUUCCGGGCGAGAACCAUGGACUCGAACUUGGAUGUGCUCAUUCUCAUUCUAGUCGCUUCACACUCUGCUGCAAACCGAUUUGGUGAGAGCUGGCCAGAUGAAGCCAUCAGGACCACAUCAGCUGCAAAAAGCAGAAACCUAAUCCUGCAGACACCACACUGAAUCCCCCCAACGCCCUGACUGCGCCUAGUAAUUUUGUCCGUAAAACUUAUGAACAGAAUCGGUGACAAAGGGCAGCCUUGGCGGAGUCCAACCCUCACUGGAAACGCCUCCGACUUACUUACCGGCAAAGCGGACCAAGUUCAGACGCUGAUCAUACAGGGAGCGGACCGCCACAAUCAGUUCAAUACCUCAAACUCCCUGAGCACUCCACACAGGUCAAAUGCCUUCUCCAAUUCCACAAAUCACAUGCAGACUGAUCGGGCAAACUCCCAUGCACCCUUAAGGACCCUGCCGAGAGUAUAGUGAAAUUUAUAAAAUUAUCAAAACUCAUGUUAUAUUGUUGGGUAAUAUCGCAGUGAUGAUGCUUCAUUGAUUUUUGGUCAAAUAUAUUUGGUGUGUGUUUAUAUAACAACAACAGAGGCUUCACUACACAUUUUGUGGCCUGUCCCCAGACCGUGGCACAAUUAAUUUUCUUAACAUGCAUUCAUGUACUUUUAAAUAAGCAAGUGCGCCAUGUUUGGACUCGAUGGAUUAUUUUAGUCUGCGUAUUAUUUCUUUCUAUUCAGUAGGUACCCAUUCAAUCGUUCGUUUGAGAACGCAGAGGAAAAACGGCGGCAAGACCGUUGAAGUUUGAAGAAAAAAAAAUACUGUCUUGUAAGGUUUUUUAAAACAGUGGGAUUCCUCAAAAUGUACCUAAUAGGCCCUGAACAUGGUGUGUGUGUGUUCGAGGAAUAUUUGUCAGAAAACCACAAUCUCAAUUUUAAGCAGAAAAAUGCAAAUUAACAUAUUUUUUCCAUAAUUGUUCAGCCCGACCUAUUAAACCAGUAAAUUCAUUUCUUUUUUCUGUCUUCUUCUGUUUUAUCCGCUUACUUUACCUGAGUAAACCACACUCAUGCUCAAAUAACAAGGUUACAACACUUGUUGUGAACUUUAUUUCUUUGUAUAAGUCACAACCUGAUUUUUAAUAGAAGAAAACACUGUAUGUAU